CCCGCCCGAUCAUCUACCCCAAACCGACACCGUUUCGUCGUCCACUUUCCUUCGCCACAUGGCAUACAUAAAUAGCGCCAUCUCUUCCCCCUUUCCACUUGCAAUCUGAUUUUGGGUGUGUGAUUUUACAUGCGAGUUUCCAUUAGAAGUCUCCAACUUUCGCUUUGAUACGAGGAUAACUGGUGAUCUUGGAACUGAGAGACAACAAUGGUGAAGGAGACAGCUUAUUAUGACAUUUUGGGUGUCAAUGUGGACGCCUCAGCAGCUGAUAUCAAGAAGGCUUACUACGUCAAGGCAAGAACUGUUCAUCCGGAUAAAAAUCCUGGUGAUCCAAAGGCUGCUGAAAACUUUCAGAAACUUGGAGAAGCGUAUCAGGUGUUAAGUGAUCCGGAAAAGCGUGAAGCUUAUGACAAACAUGGAAAGGAUGGCGUACAACAGGACGCCAUGUUGGACCCUGCAGCUGUAUUUGGAAUGCUCUUUGGCAGCGAGUAUUUUGAAGAAUAUAUUGGGCAGCUUGCUCUGGCAUCAAUAUCGAGUAUUGAAAUUGAAGAAAGCAAUUUGGAUCCUGAAACUCAGAAGCAAAAAUUUCAGGAAAAGAUAAAGGCAAUGCAAAAGGAAAGGGAAGAAAAGUUAAUAACUAAUCUCAAGAAUAACCUGGAACCAUUUGUUGAAGGACGGGUGGAUGAAUUUGUAAAGUGGGCCAAUUCUGAGGCAGUAAGGCUCUCUGGAGCUGCAUUUGGUGAAGCUAUGCUGCAUACUAUCGGCUAUAUAUACACGCGUAAAGCAGCCAGAGAAAUUGGGAAAGACAAUUGGUACAUGAGAGUACCGUUUUUAGCUGAGUGGGUACGAGAUAAAGGACAUCAGAUAAAGUCACAAGUAAUGGCAGCUUCAGGUGCUGUCUCUUUAAUCCAGAUACAGGAGGAACUGAAGAAACUGAACCAAGCAGAGAACAAAGAAGAGAACUUGAUGAAAGCCGUUGAGGACAGGAAGGAUGCUAUGCUGCAAUCUCUUUGGCAGAUCAAUGUGGUUGAUAUCGAGACUACUUUAUCUCGCGUUUGCCAAGCUGUACUUAAAGACCCUACUGUUUCCAAGGAUGUUCUUCGACUGCGAGCCAAAGCAUUGAAGAAACUAGGAACAGUCUUCCAAGGUGCCAAGGGUCCUUACUGCAGGGAAAACAGCUUGCGCCACGAGAGCCUGGCCAAUCCAGCUGCUGCGGCCACAUCUCAGUCUGUUUGAUCUCAAACCGGAUACCUUAUAAGAUUUUACAAUAUCAAGAGUGCGCAUAGAUGAUCCGAUUUUAUAACCUGUGUAGCAUACAGAUAUGCAUGAGUGCACAUAUAUGUAUGGUAUGGUUGGUUGAUUAUCCAUACUCUUGGCUGAGUUUUUCCCUUAUUAUGAUGCAAUGUAAGAGACCCGAAGAAAGUUGUAUGCUUUGGUUGUGAAUACAUAUAAGAUUUUCUUGCUUGAUUAGUGAAGAUCAAAAGGGCUAUUCUUUGAGAUAAUGCUAAAGUAAUUUGGUUUCAAGUUGGUGGAAGCAAUAA